AAAUUAUAAUGUGUGAGUCAUGGCCCUUAGAUGAUCUUAACCUUUACUAGAGGAUACCCUGCUUUGUGUUCAGCAGCAUAAACAACUGAGCAAGGACCUGUGCAGACCUGGUGAAUACAAGACCCUUUUGACCUCACUAAUCAAAGAAAUAUGAAGAUGUUGCUUUCCCUGUGUCUUUUACUUGUUGGAAUCCAUUCCAGCAGUUACUGCUAUGAGCCUUAUCGACAAGGGAUUAGAAACCAGAACCAAAGAGCACAAGAAAACCAAAACAUGCCAUGGCAAGGUGUAAGCAACAGUGUUUGUCGAUUUGCAUGUUGUUUCUACAAAGAUAUUUCUUCUCGUGAAAACAACGGAAAUGUUUUCUUCUCUCCUUUGAGCAUCUCUACUGCCUUUGCAAUGCUGACUCUGGGUGCCAGAUCAGACACCCUGACACAGAUUCUUAGGGUCCUUUGCUUUAACCCUCGUCAGAUUUCUGAAAAUGACAUCCAUGAAGGUUAUCGUCAACUCAUGCAAAUGGUAAACAGAAGGAAUGGGGGGUUACAGUUGAAUAUGGGAAAUGUUCUGUUUGUUCUGGAUCGACUGAAGCCACAAGAAAGAUUUUUAAGUGAUCUCAGAAACUUCUAUGAAGGAGAAGCUUAUCCUAUGAACUUCAAGAGGGCUGAUCAAGCCCAGCUAAAGAUCAAUGAAUAUGUAGCAAGAAGAACGAAUGGAAAAAUCAAGGACCUCGUAAAUAACCUAGAUCCACUUACUGAAAUUCUCCUUAUUAGCUAUAUCUAUUUUAACGCUGAAUGGGAAAAACCUUUCGAUCCAAAAUACACUAAAAUGAGCAAAUUUUUUGUGGAUGGGAUCAAGGCUGUGGAAGUCCCCAUGAUGUUUGGAAUAGGCCUGUUCAAGCAUGGCUAUGAUCAGCAGCUCUCUUCCACUGUGGUGCAAAUGGAUUACAAAGGAGGUGCUUCAGCAUUUUUUAUUCUGCCUGAUGGAGGAAGAAUGAGGAAGCUGGAGAAAAAAUUGUCUUGUGAACAUUUGUCAAGGUGGUCGACAUUAGUCACAAAAAGGUCAGUAAAUUUGUAUCUUCCGAAAUUCACACUUUAUGGGACAUAUAAUCUAAAAGAUAUCUUAUACAAAAUGGGCAUCAUGGAUCUAUUCACUGAUAAGGCUGACCUCUCUGGGAUCACUGGGCAGCCCCAGCACCGAAUUUCCCAGGCCAUUCAUAAGGCUGUGGUAAAGGUGGAUGAGACUGGCACUGAAGCAGCAGCUGCCACAAGCAUGGAAAUAGUGCCCAUGUCCGUUCCAGUUACCGUUAGAUUCGACAGGCCCUUCCUAAUGGUCAUCACUAUGGAGAACACUAUACUCUUCAUGGGAAAAAUUGUGAACCCUCUGAAAAAAAAUUAAGUUAAUGUACAAAUUAGCAGUAGCCAGAACCCGUUGCCAAAGAAUUCUUUGAAGAGCUGGUAUGUCCACAUUUUGUAAUGGUUUGGUAGGUAUAUGCCACAUACUUCUGAAAACUUACAAAAUUCCUCAGAACAGGACCUAAACCAAUCAUAAACUAGUAGGGAGGGAAUAGCCUUUAUUAGCAUAGAGUUCAGGUGUGCAUUAUUCCGAGAAGUUAGAGAUGACAUGGGACUUUAAUAAAUUGUGACAUUACACAUUUUUCUGGUGGUUUCACCUUGUUCAUUGGGAAGGAUCUCACAGCACCCAGUGGCCAGCUGAUCAGAGGAGAAUCACUAAAUCCAAGGCAAAGAACACAAAAGGAAAAGCCCUUGGUUUAUACUUGGCAUGAUGGUCUCAGGUUAGUCAUUGCCACUCAGGACAGAGAUUUUGCAGUGAUGCUGGAUAGGCCACUGAAUAUGUCAUUUCUAUGCUCAGUGACAAGGAAAAAGGAAACCAAGCAGUGUGAGAUGUGAAGAAAGGGAAAGAGUAAGCUUGUGCAUAUCUGUACCCUAUAUAUGUAUUCCACUGUGUAUGUGUAGCCUCUAUUUACUGCCAAAGCCUAAGUGCUCAUUUCCUCUUGCUGUGCCCAAGGCUGCCCAGGACCUCUCAGGGCAUUUUUAUUUCCUCAAUUAACAGCAACACUUCUAUCAGCUCAAUGGUCCAGUAGGAAAUUACAAAAAAUCUAAGCCAAAUUAUAUGACUCAAUACUUAAGAAGCAUUCACUACAACAACAACAACAACAACAAAAAAAAAAAAAAAAAAAAAAAAAAAAAAGAAAAAAAAAGUGUGGGUUUUUGUGAGAGUUUAAAAGGGUCUAUUUAUCACUUUGAAUGGCUGAAGGAGGUCAGCUUAUAUUUGCCUUCAUAUUUGCAGUUUUGUUCUUUUUGCAACCAUUAAUUAUACUACGUACAAUCAAAUUAAUGCCUUGCUAUUUACCAGUGAACCUUCACAAAGAUUCUAACAAGAUGUGAUAUCUCUUUUUUAAUGCUUCUGGGGUUUGUUAUUUUAUUUCUCUAUCAAAUGUACUUAUAUAUUUUUUAAAAUGGGAAUAUCUCAUUAGUAAUCCUUUUUCCCAUCAGAUUCAAAGAAAACUUGAAUAAAAUUUAAUUUUUAAUGUGAAUUAGCUCUCAGUAUACCAGUUCUUAGCUGUUUUUCCUCAACAUCUAUUUCCUUAGAGUAUAUGACAAAUCUGGAUUUAGUUCACAAAAAAAGGCAAAUGAGAAUAAAACUAUGAGUGGCAAAAUAAUGUCAUCCUCAGGUCCUCUACAACUGAUACAGAGGAUUUUCCAGCCUGACUUGAAGAACUGAGUGUGUGAUCAAAUCUUUCCUGUAAACAAUUGUUUUCCUUCCAGUCAGACUUUUCUACUAUUGCCUUUUAAUAGUGUUCAUAGUCCCUUAUUUUUAUUAUCUUCAUAUAAAAUAAAUUACCUUUCUCUCCCAAGAGAAAUUUCAAUACAUUGAAUUUUAACAAAUUGUGACAAAAAAAUUUAAUUCUCAGCAAAUUUCCUAAAAUAAUUUUAAAUUUUUUGUUUUCCAUUUUAUUGUUAAAUAGUAGAAAAAUCAUUCACUUCAUAUUAUCUUAUAAAAUAAAAAUUAGCAUGGAACAUUUUCAUCAUUUUUCUUUCAAAAUGUUGACAAAGUCAAAUAUUCAUGAAAAUGUUAAGGUUUCUCUGCCUCUGCUUUCUUACGUGGAAACUUCUCUUUCAGGCAACUUCCAAUAAGUUUUUCUGAGAAAGGAUUUUUGAGUGGAACAUUAAGGGCUACAGGAAGAAUCUGGAUACUUGUGCAAUCUAGGAAAUUUUCUCAAGUGUGGGAAAGAUGUUGAGCAUUUGUGAAGUAGGUUGCAAGUAAUAGAACACUGAAGUUAUAGCUUGGGUAUGACCCUACUACCAUCAGAUAUAAGUGGGGACCUCCAGCUCAAAGGAUUUGGGGACUUCUUAGCUUUGGCUGGCCACUGAAUGCUAUAGAGCAUAAGUAAAAAUAAUUACUUUUACACUAAACUGUGAACAGAAAUAUGUUUAGAAAAUGCUGGUAAAAAAUACCUUUCCUUUGUAGACAGUGAAUCCUCUUAGACAUAGUCUUGGCUUGCAGGAUUCUUUUUCUGGUGAGGAAACCCUAUUCACUGUGCUUCAGAAAUUACUUCAGGAAGGAUCCCAAGAGCUGAGAGAUUUCCGGAGAUCAGGGAAGACUAAGUGCCAUAUCUGCUGUAAUAUUUGGGUGUUGGGUUUGGAGCUAUAGUAAUUAAGUGUGUGGAGGCGAAUUAGAAAAACAAACGUGUUUGUUAAGAGAUUAAUUCAAUCAUCAUUAGUAUGAGAGUCGGGGCAUUCACAAAGGCCAAAGACCGGUUCAAACUGGUUUUCAUAAUCCACACCCACCUAAGUUCUACCAAAGGCAUUAAUUUAAAAACAUUGCUUCAUCAAGAAAAAUAAAAUACUCUCACUGGCUGAUCAAUGAACCUAAGAGCAGGACAUCAUCACCUAGAAGUUUUUGUGACCUGAUUAACCUUUUUGCUCUCUAUGGCUGAGCCCCAUUCUUGCUGACCCCAGCCCGAGAAGUGCCAUAAGGCUGUGCUGCUCUCUCCAAAAAGACACCUGGGUAUUCUGUGAAAAUCAGUCUGGCCUCUCCCUCAUCCCCAAAGGUUAAGUUUCAAGGAAGGGUCUUACUUGGACUCCUCUGGGAAUGCCUUCCUCUAUAAUCUUCAAGAGGCUCUAUUUGCCAUUGCUCUCCAAGAAAAUGCAGGAAGCAGGGGUAGAGGAAUGGUGUGCUAAGAUGAGAGGGGUCUGCAAGUGACUGUGUGUGAUGUGAGGAAAGGCAAGAAAAGAAAGUUAGAGGAGAUGUCAGCAUGUAGGAGACAACACUGGACAGGGUAUUGUAAAGCUUGGAUUAGGGAAGUUUUGUCACAGUUCCAACAGUUUUGCUGUUAAAAGUAAGAUUUGAGAUGCUUGUGUAAUAUUUGUUAUGUAGCAAAAUGGCUUUGUUUAAUUUGUCUGCAUAUUGAUCAAAAGCAGGAUUUUUCAAAGCUAUAAGGUGUUGGUCUAAAUCUUCUCCCAGCAUGGUUAAAAGCAGAGGCCACAGCAAAAUUUAAUCUACUCUAUAUCCAUUCAAAAUAAAAUUGAAACCUGCCUCCCCUCUGCACUUGUUCCCUGGUGCAUUCCUGUGUUUAUACCCUCAUUUUCAACAGAGCUGUUCUGACAAGGUGUAAUAAAAAAGGUAAAUUUA